AGGGCGAACGGACCCGAUACCCAUUGAUUAUUGAGGACGCCGGCGAUCUCAUGCUUCUUAGAAGAGUUGCACGUGAUAUAUCCCUUUCACGCACAUUUAUUCAAGUAUUUUCAACACAAAAAUCCUAUUUACCACACAUUUCAUUCUUUGAAUCCCGCAGACGCACGUUUCACACCACAUUUGCUAUUCACAGAAUGGCCAAACCAAGUGGAAACCGAUUGAAUUGGCAAAUAACAGAGGAGUUGAUAAAAUCUUCUACAGAGGAACUUAUACAGAAAAGCAAACAUAUUUAUGAUUCUAUUGGUAAAGUCACCUCGGAUGAAGCAAGUUUUGAAACUGUCAUCAAGCCCCUAAUGGCUGUUGACAGAGAAUACGCAGUGGAAAGGAACAACAUUGACUUUGUACAGCAUGUGUUUGAAGACAAAACUCUACGAGACGCAAGUUCAGCAGCAGAUAAAAGACUUAGUGAAUUUGAUGUUGAAAUAAGCAUGCGGCAAGACGUGUUCCAGUCAAUUGUGGACUUUGAGAAGAAAGGUCUUGAUGGAUUAACGGCCGAACAAAAGCGCUACGUAGAGAGACAAAUAAAAAUUGGGAAAAGGAACGGUCUGCAUCUGUCCAAGGAGGUGCAGGACAAGAUAAAGGAGAUCCAGAAGAAGAUGAGUGGUCUGUCUAUAGACUUCAACAAGAACCUCAACGAAGAAAACACAGUCCUAGAAUUUACAGUUGAAGAACUUGCUGGUCUGCCUGACAAUUUCAUAAAAGGAUUGGACAAGACAGAGGAAGGGAAGUGCAAAUUGACAUUAAAGUAUCCCCACUACUUCCCUUCUAUGAAGAAAUGUAUGAAUCCCCAAACUAGAGAGAGGUUGGAGAAUGCAUUUAAUAGCAGGUGUAUAGUGGAAAACACAAAAAUAUUGGAGGAAUUAGUUCAACUGCGACAUGAGAAAGCCCAGAUUCUUGGGUACAAAACCCAUGCGGAAUUUGUGCUGGACAUGCGCAUGGCAAAGACCCCUGAAGCUGUAGAGAAGUUCCUCACUGAACUGGCAGUGAAACUUGAGCCACUAAAACAAGCAGACCUCGCCAAUUUCCUGAAAUACAAACAAGAGGAGUGUGAGAAGCAUGGCUAUACCUUUGACGGCAAGGUGAACAUGUGGGACUACCGCUACUACAUGACAGUGGUGGAGGAGCAGCAGUAUGCAGUGGACCAGAACGUACUCAAGGAGUACUUCCCUAUGAAUGUCGUCACCAAGGGACUCUUAGAUAUAUACCAGGAACUGCUGAGCCUUGACUUUGAGCAGGUGGAGGGAGCUGAAGUUUGGCACAAGGAUGUUUCCAUGUACAGUGUGAAGGACAAGGCCACCAAGGCAUUGAUGGGCUACUUCUACCUGGACUUGUUCCCCAGAGAAGGAAAGUACGGACAUGCUGCCUGCUUUGGGCUCCAGCCCGGGUGUCUAGCAGGUGAUGGGUCUCGACAGGUUGCAGUGGCAGCUAUGGUGGCUAACUUCACCAAGCCAGAACCAGGCCAGGAGUCCCUGCUGACGCAUGAUGAGGUGGAGACAUUCUUUCAUGAGUUUGGUCAUGUGAUGCAUCAGAUUUGUUCGCAAGCGGAAACUGCCUUCUUUAGUGGUACCAAUGUGGAGAGAGACUUUGUAGAAGCCCCGUCUCAGAUGUUGGAGAACUGGUGCUGGGAGAAGGAACCUCUCCGCAGAAUGUCCGCCCACUUCCAAGAUGGCCGCCCCAUUCCUUCCGAGAUUCUCAACAAGCUCAUGGCCAGCCGCAUGGCCAAUGCAGGCGUGUUUAAUGCGAGGCAGAUCUUGUUGGGGACUUUUGAUCAGACCAUUCACACGCGCGAAAAGGUUGAUACAGCCAAGGUGUUCUCAGAGUUGUCUGAGCGACUGCUGGGUUUCCCCUCCACACCGGGGACCAACAUGCCUGCCUCCUUUGGUCACCUGGCUGGGGGCUAUGAUGCUCAGUACUAUGGCUACAUGUGGAGUGAGGUCUAUUGUAUGGACAUGUUUGCCUCCCGCUUCAAAAAGGAAGGUGUGAUGAGUAGCACAACCGGGCAGGACUAUCGACGAUGUAUUCUUCACCCUGGUGGAUCACUGGAUGCCAGCAAGAUGUUGGUGAACUUCCUGGGCCGGGAACCACAACAGGAGGCUUUCCUCAUCAGCAAGGGCCUUCAUGUGGACAGCAAUCUCUGAACUGGGAACCGGCAUUCCAUUUUAUUGGGGUGAUUUUCUGAGAAAAAUGGGCUUAAUACAUGUGGCUUAAGUGUUACAUGGUGUGAUAAGGGCUGGGGAGACUUGGCUAAUCGUCCCAGAUUAGCCCCUGCAGUCCAUAACUUUUCUAAAAUGAGUGAAAGAGUGAGGAUGUAUUCAUUGUAUGAUGUAUGAUAUUUAUGCCCCCUUUUCAAAGAAAAAAAGUGGCAUAUAGUGAUCAGACUGUCCGUCUGUCUGUCUUUCCGUCACACUUUGCGUUUAGGUUUCGAAAAAUGCUCAUAACUUCUAUGUCCCUUGAGAUAUAACCUUCAUAUUUGGUAUGCAUGUGUAUAUGGACAAGGCCUUUCCAUACGCACACACAUUUUAACCCCUGUGACCUUGACCUUGAACUUAGGGUCCGCAUUUAGGUUUCAAAAUCUGUGUCUAGGUUUCGAAAAAUGCUCACAACUUCUAUGUCCCUUAAGAUAUAACUUUCAUAUUUGGUAUGCAUGUGUAUAUGGACAAGGCCUUUCCAUACGCACAAAAAAAUUUACCCCUGUGACCUUGACCUGGAACUUAGGGUCCGCGUUGAGGUUUCAAAAUCUGUGUUUAGGUUUCAAAAAAUGCAUAUAACUUCUAUGUCCCUUGAGAUAUAACCUUCAUAUUUGGUAUGCAUGUGUAUAUGGACAAGGCCUUUUCAUACGCACACAAAAUUUUACCCAUGUGACCUUGACCUUGAACUUAGGGUCCGCGUUUAGGUUUCGAAAUCUGCGUUUAGGUUUCGAAAAAUGCUCAUAACUUCUAUGUCCCUUGAGUUAUAACCUUCAUAUUUGGUAUGCAUGUGUAUAUGGACAAGGCCUUUCCAUAAGCACUCAAAAUUUUACCCAUGUGACCUUGACCUUGAACUUAGGCUCCGUGUUUAGGUUUCGAAAUCUGCGUUUAGGUUUUGAAAAAUGCUCAUAACUUCAAUGUCCCUUGAGAUAUAACCUUCAUAUUUGGUAUUCAUGUGUAUACAGACAAGGCCUUUCCAUACGUACACUAAUUUUGACCCCUGUAACCUUGACCUUGAACUUAGGGUCCGCAUUUAGGUUUCGAAAUCUGUGUUUAGGUUUCAAAAAAAGCUCAUAACUUCUAUCAAGCGUUUAUAGGGGGCAUAAGUCAUCCUAUGGUGACAGCUCUUGUUUUCUUAUGUUUUCAAAAAUUAAGUCUGUCUUUGUAUACACCAGAAUGUACUAUACAAUUCAGAAACUGUUUACACCAGUGCAUUUGUGUUUUUAAAUGGUGUAUUAUGUUUGAUAAUAAUAUUCCUUUUGUGUUACUAUCAAUGAGUCAUGGCUUAGGAUUUCCAACAUUUAUGAAAAUAUUUUUGAAAAUUGUUCUUUAUUUAUAACAUUCUCUAUCAAAGGGACUACCUUAUUUAAAAAGGCCACAAAGAAGAAUCUUCUUAAAACAGUUACUUUGAAAAAAAGGCAAAUAAUAACUUAUACAACUCUCUACAUAUGCUGAUCAAAUAGUAAAUGCAUUCACAGAUAAAAUCAUUUUAUAAUAUGAGCUUGUUUGUUUGGCUCAUUUAAAGUAUGCAUUUUGAUGUCAAAUUGUUAGUAUCCUAUAUAUCCCUUUGUUGGAAAGGGUCAUUUUCCAAGCCUGAUAGUUUCUUAUAUAAAAUUUAAAUAUUGUAUGAUGUGUUGUGAAAAAUUACUAUAAUGAACUACCCACUCUCAGUAUUAUAUCAGUUAAUUUAAAUGAACAUGAUUUCAAUAAAUGCAAUACAAAUAGUAUUACAUGUAUUUAAUUGUAUUAUUGAUAUAAUAAUAAAAUAUGGGAAAACCAGUCUUAACGCAUUUGAGUUAAGUGUCAUCCCAGAUUUACAUGUGCAGUCCUCACAGGCUAAUCACAGAUGACAUUCCCUGCUUGUAUGGACAUUUUUGUUAAAGGAAGUCUAUUCUUAACAAAAAUCCAAUCAAGGCAAAGUGUCCUUCCAGUGCAGACUGCACAGGCUAAUAUGGGACAACACUAAGCAUAUCAAUUAAGCCCUGUUUUCCCAGCACACUAAUAAUAUUUUAUUUAUGUAAUGAUAACAUUAAUAAUUUAUACUUUGAAAAAUAAUGUAAAACAAUUUUGUAGAACGAACAAAGUGCAAACAUACAAGAAGAAUAAAAUUAAUUUCAA